ACCAGACUCUACCGCUGCCACCAUGCCCUGUUUGUGCCAUCAUCUCUCACGUCACACUUGAUGCCAUCACAGCAGAGAAACUGCAAAUCCUACAGGCCAGAGUCUGGUCCAUCUGGAGGAUGGGGAAUAUGAUGAGAGGUGUGAGUGCCAGGGACAAGGUCAAAACUGAAAACCAUGAAAGCUCUCAAAAGAGUUCAGAAGACGACAUGGUGGUGGUGCUCCAGGACUACCCUUCUCCCGAAGUCAGCGAGCCCAUCUACAGAAUGGGGGAGAAGCUCAGAGUCAUCGUACAGGAGGACUAUUGGUGGAGAGUUCGCUCUGUCCAAACUGGCCGUGAGAACUACAUACCUAGAAGUCAUGUGGCAAGAGUGUACCACGGUUGGCUGUUUGAGGGGGUGGAGAGGCAAAAGGCUGAAGAACUGCUGCUUCUACCUGGGAACAGAAUGGGCUCCUUUCUGGUGCGGGAGAGCACCAGGGAAAGAGGUCGGUAUUCACUCUCGGUGAAGCACAGGAUUGUAAAGCACUAUCGUAUUUCCAGACUGGACAACAGCUGGUACUAUAUCUCCCCCCGCCUCACUUUCCAGUGCCUUGAGGAUAUGAUCAACCACUACUCUGACUCUGCAGAUGGCCUAUGUUGUGUCUUAACCUCUCCCUGUGUGUCUGGCACGACCCCACAAUCAGACAUAAGUCCUGAAGCUCCACCUGUAGUCAUGCGACGCAACUUUGACUGGAAGAAAGUAGACAGGAGACAGCUGGUCAGCACAGAAAGCUGCAGUGACAACGUGGUGAGCUACGGUGUCAGAAACAGCAUCGCUGCCUACCUGUCCUUUUCUGGGGAUCAAGACCCUGCAUGGAUAAAAGCCCAAAGCAGAAAGAAGAAAAGCAAAUCUGUUUAUGCUCUCCCUGAAAACAGCCUCGCAAAUAUUGUCUAUGACAAUGACGUCUAGACACAGCAGUGGAGUUCAAAAUACUGGAAUACCUUCAAGUGGAGGGCAGUAGAGGGCAUCUUUCUCUGAGAUCCACCAUGUUUCUAAUGUCAGCAGAGGACCGUGCUGAACUGACACUUAUGUUAGGCAUCCCAAACAUCCAAGAGUGUUUAGUCUCUAAUGUGAGCACUUUGAAGUACUUCAACAAUAUAGCAAAUUGUACCAGCACUUACACAUUGUUUCUGCUUAUAAGGAGGAAGUAUAUGGAGUAGAACUGGACGAUUGUGCAAUUGAACUGUGAUUUGUGUAUUCUACACAUGAUCCGGAAAAUCAAACAGCCCACCGUUAUGAUAGUAAAAGAAGACUUGAAUGUUGUGGGUAUUGUUUUGUAAUAUUAGUGUGUAUAUGUAUAUGCAUUAGUGGCUUUCAAACUAUUUUCCUGUGUUGUUAAUAAAUGUUGAAUGGUUGAAUGGUCAUAUUGUGACACACGCUUGAUGUGGCAAAUGCGUUUACAAACAGUGGCUUUUUUUGAAUAUCAAGCAGAUACAGAGCAACAUUAGCAAUACUUUGGAGUCAUGUUUGUGUCCACCUAGUAACUGUCCAGUAUUCACCCUCUUUUUAACUAGUUUUGGUCUCCAC